AAUGGCUGCCGGUUCUACGAAGUGUGUGUGGCUUCUUUUGGUAUUUUUAUCGGUUACAGAGCGUGUCUAUUCUACUGAGCCAGGAAAAUGGUCAGAGUCCCUCUCUGUGACUGGAGAAGCAUCCUAUAUUGGUGUGUUCAAAACCCUGUACAAUCAGUCAGAGAUUUUUCUUAACAUCAAAUGUAGUGAGGGAAUAACAUCCAAGCUUACUGUGAAAUGGAUUUUGAGGUGGAGUCCAUGUGCUGAUGAGUACUUGGGCAUAGAUAACGGAGAGGAUCCUGAUGAUCGAAUGUGGAGGUACUAUAAUCAUCCUAAUAUCCGUCAGAUUAAAGGCUUUGACUAUGACAAAACUGAGUACAUUAGGUCGGAAGAGACGAUGGAUUGCAGUGAGCACAUUGAACUAACGCGGAAAGAUGAUGUCCAAUCAAAGAAAAUGUUAAACCCAGUGAUCAAAGAAGGAAAGAAUAGGAAAAAGCGUGAAGGCACAUUAAGGCCUCAGGCGAAAACAACGCCUGCAGGGAAUCCAACGCCUGCAGGGAAUCCAACACCUGCAGUGAAUCCAACGCCUGCAGUGAAUCCAACGCCUGCAGGGAACCCUACGCCUGCAGGGAAUCCAACGCCUGCAGGGAACCCUACGCCUGCAGGGAAUCCAUCAGCUCCAAGAAAUUCACAACGUGUGAAAAAUGUCCCAGAAAUGUCCCAGAAAAAGGGAUUGGUCUGCAGGACGUGGCAGGAAGGCGUGUUUCUCUUUGUGGUCGUGCUAUCUAUGAACGGCACUGACACUCCAAAGGAAGCUAACGUGUUCGUUGAGAUUUCCAUGAAGAAUGACAAUGGAUUUUUGUCAGCAAUGGAAUGGCCGCUUCUCAUCUUUUAUGGUGUCAUGUGCAUUGUUUAUGUGGUGCUUGGUCUGAUCUGGCUGGUUUUACUGGCAUGUAACUGGAGAGAUUUGCUCAGGGUACAGUUCUGGAUAGGUGGAGUUAUUGUUCUUGGAAUGUUGGAGAAGGCAGUAUUCUAUGCAGAUUUGCAAAGCAUAAACCAUAAGGGUGAAUCAGUUCCCGGUGCUGUUAUAUUUGCUGAGCUUGUCUCAUGUUUCAAGAGGACAGUUGCUCGUAUGUUGGUGAUUAUUGUCAGCCUGGGAUUUGGAAUUGUCAAACCCAGACUGGGACCCAUGCUGCACAAAGUCUUGGGAGUGGGCAGUCUGUAUUUUAUAUUUGCAGCAGUUGAGGGCUGCUUUAGAGCAGUUAAGUCAAAAUCUGACCAGUCCAAGAAUUUACUGCUGGCUGCUGUUCCGCUGGCCCUGGUAGAUGCCAUCAUCUGCUGGUGGAUCUUCACAAGCCUGGUGCAAACCUUGAGAACUUUGAGGCUGAGAAGAAACAUUGUCAAGUUGUCCCUCUACAGACAUUUCACCAACACCUUAGUAUUUGCUGUGCUGGCUUCAAUAGCCUUUAUGGUAUGGUCCUACACACAGCACCGUCUCAAGUUAUGCCUUACAGACUGGAAGGAGCUGUGGGUUGAUGAUGCCUACUGGCACCUGCUCUUCUCUGUGAUACUCAUUGUCAUAAUGGUUCUGUGGCGGCCAACUGCUAACAACCAGAGGUAUGCCUUCUCCCCACUGUUAGAUGCCGCUGAUGAUGAGGCAGAUGAGGAUGUCAUUAUGAAUGAUGCAUUUGAAGGUAUGAAGAUGAGAGGUACGAGGAAUGGAUCUCCACGACAGUCUGCCUCCUCUAAGGCGGAGGAUGACCUGAAAUGGGUAGAAGAAAACAUUCCCUCCACUCUGAUUGACAAAGCCAUUCCUGGAGUAAUAGAUUCUGAUGAAGAGAUUGUGACAACAAAACUAGAAAUGGCCAAGAUGGAGUAGAAGCCAUAGGGUGGGCUGUUGUGCUCAAGCCAGCCAACUCAUGUCAGCUUAUGUACAUAUCCUGCUGGGUUGGCAAAUCUGGUGGCAUGUCAUUGUGACAGUGACUAAAAACAUAUUUUCUGGCUACAAACAUUAAAAUACACAACAUCCUUGUAUUUCAUAUUCUUUGUAAUAUCUAAUAUUUACUGUCUUUGUUCUUCAGAUUUUUGAUGAACUCUCCACCUAUUUUUUCUGAUUCUGACGACUUCUGAUUUGCUAGUUUGCAGCAUUUUGAUGAACAUUCAAACUUGUGAAUCGAAGCAUUUCUUACUAUGCAUGUCAGAUUGCUCUGUGCUUAUAUUGAUCUUGCCUAGCUUCAGCUGGUUCAGAAAUAUACGGUUAGUUGUCAUACUUUUGUACAAAGAGAUAUAUUUCAGUCACUAGUGUGUUCCUGAGGACCAAUAACUAUGAAUGUGGAUGAAAAGUGUAGAAAUAAAUUGGCAUGUAUGAGUUGUGUAUUGGAAUUGUAAACUCAUUCUCCAGGUGCCAGUCUUUCGAAGAUUAAUGAUGUAAAUAAAAUUAUACUUGAACAAAAUUCUGUGAGUGGCAUGCGUAUAUAUUAUAUACUUAUGUUAGGUGCAUUUUGGAUAAUCCAUAUGCGUAUGAGAGAAACAGAAAAGCUUAAUGACAUCCAUUUUUGAGAAACUUUCUUUGUUAGAAUUUGAAGAAUGUGUAGAAAGGCCAUUCAUCAGCUUUUAAUACAUUGCAGUGUAAUAUAGAUCAUUGGUAAUCAGUUUGUUUGUCAGUUGAUAUUUUAUGCCUGUUUUGCAAGGAAAGAGCAUCUGCUUUUUUCUUUCCGGAUAUUUUUUUUGGUGUUAACUGUAUGUAAUAAUGUUAUAUUCUAAAGUUAUGUUCUCUUAACAAGGAACAUGCUGCUAGCCUUUAGCCUUCUGUUUUGAAUUUGGUUGUAAAACUAACCACAAACAUGCUUGAAUAUCAUCUUCUAAGGGUAGCUGUGUUAAACCUAAUUUGUUGAAGUUUUGAAUUAAUUUAAUCAAAGGGCAGGAGAAAACAAGAUGGUAUAUGUACUAGUACAUUUUCAACAACAUGUUCAUUUUUGGGUUUGCGCAAUAGAGUUUCAUAUUAACAUUGCUAUGAUAUAUUUUAUGUGAACAUUGCUGUGAUGUAGUUUAUGUUAACUUUUCUAUAAUGUAGGUUGUGUUAACAUUGCUAUAAUGUAGUUUAUGUUGACUUUUCUAUAAUGUAGCUUAUGUUAACAUUGCUGUAAUGUAGUUUCCAUGAAGUGAAAAUGUGAGUGUAAAACUAGCUGGGAGCUCCAUACCUGAGAUGAGUGAUGUAUCUAUGUAAAAUUUAGGUAUACAACAAGGACAUGAAACACGGAAAAACAGAUAAAAGCAGAGCAACAACUGUUUGCUGAUCAUGUUCACUGCAGUACAUACACGAUAUCGUUAAAAAUGCUCUUUAAUUGUCUGGAUACAUGCUUCUUCUUGUGUGAGUAAUUGGUCUGCAGCCAUAAUAGAUAUUUGAUAACAGAUGUAGAAAAACCUGUCCAGCUUCUCAUAGUGUGCACCUGCGACACAUAUAAUGGUCUAUCACGCUAACUAAACGUUUGUCAGUUUACUGUAGGCCUAUAUAUGUA